GAAUAACUGAAGUUUAUUUUUUAAAAAAAACAUCGUCUAAAUGAUGACCCUCUCUACGACGACACUCCUCUAAUCGCAAACGGAAGUUAUUGAAAACUUUCUUCAGUAAUGCUGCCAUUUCACCACGGAUAUUCUCCUUGAGCUGAUCUAUGUUUUUCGGAUUAUUGCUGUAGACUUUGUUCUUGAGGUAUCCCCACAAAAAAAGUCAGGAGGCGUCACGUCUGGACUACGUGGGGGCCAUGGGAUAUCACCUCUUUUUGAAAUCAGUCUGCCAGGGAAAAUCUGUUUCACAACCGCCAUGGAGUCAUUUGAUGUGUGACAGGUAGCUCCGUCUUGUUGAAACCAAGUCCUAGAAUUCACUAUUCUUGAAUUUUCAAGCUCUGGAGCCAAAAAACCUUCCAACAUCGCAACAUAGCAUUCGGUAUUAACAGUGACGUUUUGCCCCCGCGCAUUUUCAAAGAAAAACGGUCCAAUUAUUCCUCUACCAGAGAUUGCUGCCCAUACUGUCACUUUAGGACUAUGCAGUGGUUUCUGGUGCUUGAGUUUGGGAUUCUCCGGUAACGACAAUUUUGACAAUUUACGAACCCAUUGAUAUGGAAGUGGGCCUCAUCUGAGAAAAGGAUAUUGUCAAAAUUGGAAAAUCGAUUAAGCAUUUCAUUAGCAAAUGCGAGCCUUGCUCCGAAGUCAGACACUUUCAAUUCUUGUGUUAACUGCAGCUUGUAAGGAUGCAGUUUAAGAUCUAAGUUUAAAAUUCGUUGCAAACUUCGUCUCGAUAAGUGUAAGACAGACGAUCUCUUGCGAGUAGACAUUUGUGGAUCUCCUCUUGAUAUUAGAUGUUCUUGGUCGACCUUUUGCUUGUGGUUUAAACGUUGAACCAGUCUCUUCAAAACGCUGUACCCAUAUUUUAAUUAAAUUAGCACUCGGAGCUGCACUAAUUUGCCGUAGUCCAUAUUCAGAACAAUAUAAACGCCUAGUAACGAUGUAUGAACGAGAGUUCUCGUAAAAUGCGCGCACGCAAAAUGCGCGACGCUUCCCGUCGAAGUGACUCAUAGUGACUAAGGCCUUGGCCACACUAGACGGAAAUUCCGUCGCCGAACUUUCGCGGCGGUCAAUCCUGUAUUUCAAUCAGCUACACUGUAUUUCAGUGGCAGAUCAUCAGUCGGCUGCCUGCGCUUAUACGGUGUGGUCGUAAUUCGUGAUGGAUCCGAUAGAAGUGAUAGCUAUUUAUGAGGCAUUAGAAGAAGAAACCGUAAAUAUUGGGUUCAUCCCCUAAAUACUCUUCGACUAGAAAUUGGGCAAUUUCAUACCCUGUUUAUGCAACUAAGACUUAAUCCAGAUAAAGCAUUCGAAUAUUAUCGUAUGUCCAUACAAUCAUUUGAUGUAUUGCUGAAUUUAACCUAGGACUACAUUACCAAGGAAAAUACAAAACUUAGAACAGCUGUACCUCCCGAAGAAAGGCUGACCGUUACAUUAAGGCUCACUCGGCACUAAACAUGACGAGUUUAUGGUGGCUAUGCGGCGCCACAACGUUGAUUUGAUGGCUCUCAACGAGACCUGGUUGCGGGCGGGGCAAGACGCUCGCGCCCCUGAACUCGCGGACUACAGGCUGAGACACACGCCGCGCCCAACCAGUGUCCGCUCGCGCGGAGGUGGCGUUGGAUAUUACAUUAGGAAAGGUCUGACAGCGCGGGUCUUGCAACACCCUGUUACGUCUAUGGUAGAAUGUAUGCAAGGUAAAACGUUGGUUGUAGGCACGGCAUACCGACCGCCGUGGUUGGAUCCGGAUUUAUUUUUUAGUGCUCUAACGGAAACCAUAGGAUCAUUUGUGUGGACAGAUUACCUAAUCUUAAUAGGAGAUUUUAACAUAAAUGUUCUAGACCACAAGCACCCUAACUGUAGAAACUUUGAAUUGUUUCUCAAAACUUCCAACCUGUCACAGCACGUUUCUCAACCCACGCAUUUUACUGCUCAGUCGGAGACCCUUAUUGAUUGUGUUUGUACUAACGUUUCUAUAACAAACUUAACAAUAGACUAUAUUGAGUCACUCAGUAGUCAUGCUUUUAUAACUUGUAGUCUGAACAUACGGAAAGAUAAAAUACAACCCAAGUGUAUUACAUACAGACCCUUAAGAAAUAUUGACAUUAAAUCAUUUAACCAAUCAUUAGACAACAUACACUGGACCAAUUUAUUACUAUUAAAUAAUAUACACGACAUCGUCUCUCAUUUGACCUUUUAUAUUAAAUCAUUAUUUGACUUUCAUGCACCUAAAAAAACAACAAAAAUAAAAAACAACCGAUAUCCAUGGAUCACUUAUAAUAUGGAAAUGAUUAUGAAGUGUCGCGAUGAAGCCCAUAUCUUGGCAAAAAAAUCUAAACUUGACGUAAAUGUUGAGAGAUACAAGCAUUUAAAAAAAUACGUAACACAAGCUUUAGAAAGAGAAAAACAAGCGUACUUCAGUACAUACGUAAACGCAAAUUCUCGCAAACCUAAAAAAAUGUGGAAACAUAUAAAGGACCAGGUAAGAUUAAAACCUAAACAUGACACUACUACCCUCUCACCUCAACAAUCCCGAAGACAUAACAUUCCAGGUACUAACAAAAUAACGCUUCCAACCCGAACAUAUUUUGAGUCACACCGUCAUGGCACAGCGUUCUUUAAAUUUGAACACGUGGAUGAAAACAUGGUUUUAACAGCAAUCAAAGAAAUAAAAUCACAGGCUGUUGGAUUGGAUGAUGUGUCUCUUGAUAUGUUACUCCUUACCUUGUCACAUACACGCCCAUAUUAACACAUAUUAUUAACACCUCGUUUCAGUCUAGCACCUUUCCAGAUCUCUGGCGCCACGCACUAGUGCGACCUUUACCUAAAAAAGAUAUCCCUGAACUGUACACAGAUCUUCGCCCAAUUAGCAUACUUCCUUGCGCAUCGAAAAUUAUUGAAAAAAUUGUACACAAACAAUUAAUGCGUUUUUUGGAAGCUAAUAAUAUAUUACCGGACCACCAAUCAGGAUUCAGGAAAAAAAGAGGUACUACCACUGCUUUACUGGAUGUAGUUGACAAUAUCUUGGAGGCUCAGGAGGAAGGUAAAGCCACUAUGCUAGUACUGCUUGAUUAUUCCCGGGCAUUCGAUACUGUUAAUACAUCAUUAUUAAUUUCCAAGUUAAUGUACUACGGAUUGAGCCCGGAGGCUGUACAAUGGUUCAGUUGCUAUCUAAAUAACAGAACCCAAACAGUUGCAGUCAAAGAUUAUAACGGCAGUUAUCAACUAUCUAGCUGUGCUCCUAUCAACAGAGGAAUUCCCCAGGGAUCAAUUUUAGGACCACUUCUCUUUAAUUUAUAUAGUGCAGAUAUAAUCUACAACAUAAAAAAUACAAAGUAUCAUAUGUUCGCUGACGAUAUUCAAUUGUAUAUCUCAUUUAAUCCCAAGGAUACGUUACAUGCCACAAAUUUGUUAAAUUCCGAUCUUAAUGAAAUUUGCAGUUGGUCAGACCGUAACUCAUUAAUUUUAAAUCCCUCAAAAACAAAAUUUAUAAUCCUUGGCACCCCUAUGUCAGUGAAAACGACUGAGCAGUACAAUCCGAAGGUCAUGAUUAACAACACAGAGAUUGAGCGGGUCCACGGGGCGCGUAACUUAGGUUUAAUAAUUGACGAAAACAUGCGCUUCGAAAAAUAUAUAAGCCGAGUGUUAUCGAAUUGUUUUUAUAGACUGAAAGUUAUCUACAAAAUUCAAAAAUAUCUAAGUACAGAACUUCGAGUCACAUUAUGUGACGCGCUUGUACUAUCAAAGCUUAAUUACUGUGACGUGGUGUAUGGUCCAAGGUUUCUGUACAAAACAAAAUGUUCCAUCCAACGAUUACAAAAUGCAUGCGCCCGAUUCUGCUGGAAUAUUCCGCCCAGGCAACACAUAACUCCAUACUUAAAACACGCCAAUAUACUUAACAUGGAAGGUCGGAGGUGUCUGCAUUUAGCAACGUUGCUUUUCGGUAUCAUACACACUAAAGUACCCCUUUACUUGUAUAAUAAACUUGAAUGGCUAGGGCAACGCAGUGCUAAUAAUAUAAAGACCAGAUCUGCCUCGCAGAUAUUAGCGGUGCCCCGGCAUCAUUCAACAGCGUUCAGGGGUAGUUUCCGAUACAGUGCUACUAAGUGCUGGAAUAAUUUACCGCCACCUUUAAGACUAUUAAAAAUGUCCAAAAUUUUAGAUUGAAAUAUAAAAAAACUAUUUUAGAAUCAUUAUAUAAUAAUUAUCCUUGAUGUGCAAUGUAUCUUAUAAAUUAACACAAUUCUGUAUUUUUAUCAUUAUUUAAUGUUCACCAAUAUAUUUAUAUCUCAUUUAUAGUACCUAAUGCCACCUUUAUUAUAUUAUAUACAGUUACGUAUAGUUUAUAGUACGAUUUAAUAUUUAUUAUUAUUACAAUUAUUUACUUAUUUUUAUUUUAUUACACUACUUACUUUGAUAUCUACGCAAAUUAAUUUGCAAUAGGAAGACUAAAGGAACUUUCUACUUCAAAUGUCAUGAGGGGCUGCUGAAAACCAGUGUUGUGUUGGUGUCUUCUGCACUGACACAACAAUAUACUGAGUCAGCUCCUUUUAGCAGGGAAUCACGCUCACACUGUUAUUUUUAUUUAUUUAUUAUUAUUUUUUUAUAAUAUUUGUUACGUUAUUUAAUUUAGUAUUUUAAUAUUUUAAUUCAUAUUGUAAUUUAUUGUGUUUUG